UUUACUCACGUGCUGCAACAGCCAUGCGUCCUACGUACAGCAAGACGACAUAGCCAACAUGUUCACACGGUUCGACGCGAGCAAAUCGACCAAGGGCGCAUCCAAACUGCGGCGUGAUCUGAUCAACGCGGAGAUCGCCAACCUGCGCGACUUGCUGCCGCUGCCCCCGUCCACGCGCCAGCGCCUCUCGCAGCUGCAGCUCAUGGCGCUCGUCUGCGUCUACGUCCGCAAAGCCAACUACUUCCAGCAAGUGUUCAAGAGGCAUGACGUGGGCCUGCACCACGUACCGACGCCCAACAUCGGCUUCUCCAAGGCGCUGAGUGGCUUCCUGAUGAUGAUGACACAGAACGGGAAGCUGCUCUACAUCUCGGACAACGCGGCGGAGUACCUGGGCCACUCCAUGGUGAGUACUUCUGCAGUUCUGAGAAAAUGCGCCCCUAGCUGA